CCAAUAGGAGCGGCGUUCACUCAGAGGCGGAAAGAUGGCGACACCGGCGGUGGAGUUAUCGUCGCUGGAAAGGACGCUGGGGCUGAAGGGGCUCCUAACGUUGCUUCUGGAACGUGAUGUAACUGCAGUUACAAAUGAUGCUAUUGCUACUCUGGUUCCAGUGCUGCAGACAAAUAAUGCACCUUGUUUAGAGGGGUUGACAACCAUUGCGUCUCAUCUGGUAAAAGCAGCUAAAAAAGAGGAACUACUGGGGACCACCCCUGAGCAGUGUGCUGUUGUUCAGCAGUGGCUUGAAUAUAGAGUAAUUCAAGUAGACAGUUGUACCACUCAAGAUGAUAAAAAGAUCAUUUUAAAGGACCUCAGUUGCUAUCUUGAGGAUAAGGUUUAUCUGGCAGGAAACAGCUUCACUUUAGCAGAUAUCAUGUUGUACAAUGGUCUUCAUCCUAUUGUGGCUGCACUGACCCAUGAAGAUCGAGAGAAAUAUGUGAAUGUUUCACGAUGGUUCAACCACAUCCAGCAUUAUCCUGGUGUCCGACAACAUUCUGCUGCUAUCAUCUUUGUAAGAAACAGGCUGUAUCCUAAUGUCCACUAGAAAAGCUGCAUACGCUUUGAGGUUGUAACUAAACAUAAUCUUGUCAGGGUUGAAAUGAAGGUUAAUAAGGGCACAUUUUCUGAUACUAACAUAGAAAGGAUUGAGCCACCUUUUGUCCGCCUCGAUUGUUCGCUUUCUUGUGAAAAUGUAACUCUUAAGCUAAUUUUUAAUUUUCAGUUGUUUUAUAAAUUGUCUCCACAAUAAGCUGUAGUCUUGUUAUAACAGGUUUUUCCUAAUGUGCUACUAUUUGUUUUGUCAAAUCAUGUUCAGGAUUACUUAGUUUUCAACAGAGAAAGGGGCCAUUUUGCUCUCACAUGCAUAUCAGUGUUGAUGUUGCACUCCAUCUUUCUGAAUCCACCUUGACCAUAAUUAACUUCACUCCUUAGCUGCCUCUUGUUUAUUUCACUACUUCCUCAGGUAGUGGGUUCCACAUUUUUAACGCUCCUACACUAAUGAAGCUUUUCUGACUCCCCAGCAUGGUUUCUGUUGACUGUCAUGUAUUGAUAUUUAGUUUUGCUUUCCCCUUAUCCCUCAAUCUGCUCAUUUCAAGAGAAGGAAGCCCAAUCUGUUCACCCCCUCGUGAGAGUUGAAUGACUUCUCUGGUACUAUCUGACAUUUCUUUAGUAUUUGCUAUACAUCUUCAUUGUAGUCUGAGUGCACUUCUCCAAAUUAACCGAACCAAAGUUCACUGCAGGUUUCGCAUAACUUCUUUUCAAUUUUAUUUAUCUAAAAAUAAACCCAAAUAGAACUUCCUUUUUGUUGAUUGGUACUGUAAGAUUCUUUAUUCUUCAAUCACUAUUUAGGAUUUACUUAGCCAACAUCAUUACUUUUGACCAGACCAGAAACAAAUCUCAUUUCUAAGCAGAUUUUUCAUUUAAGGUGUUGCAGAGAGUUGGGGUUCUCAAACUGCCACUUUGGUUUGAACGUGGCCUACUGUCUGUCUGUGAUAUUUUAAUCAACUGCUAAUUAUUCUGCCCACUAUUGAUGGGGACUCUACAGUAAAUACUGCUUGCCUUCUAUUGUGUUUCACUGUGGACUGUGCUGUUAAGUGUGCAUUGCUAAAUAUAUCAACUGAUGUUUCUUUUCAUGUUAAUUGUGGUUGGGAGAAGUUCCACAAGCAAUGUGUUUUAUGUGGCUUAUGUUUUAAAACUGUUCAUAUUUCUUUUAAAUUCUAUUGAUUUGGUAGGGAAAAGUGCCAAUUCUGUAAGAACUUUCUCAAUGGCAGCCAGCAACCUUUGAUGAUUGUGAAAAUCUCUGGCUUGAGACUGUACCAUUUUUACACAGAUCCGGUCUUAAAUACAGUGAUCAUUUUACAUUGUGCAAUUAAUAUUUAUUGGUGUAUGUCUGCAACUAAAGUAUGCUAUAUUAAUUCAUAAAUUUGAACUGAUUUGGUGCCUCAUUGUAUGUCUUUCUGAAUUGUAUAAAAACCUUGCAAUGUACUGCCAGGCCUGGGAAUGAAAGUUUUGACAUUCGUUUUCCAUGAUUCAAAAUUAUGCCAUAUUCGAACAAGCUUCAACUUUGUAAGUUUCCAAUUCCUUCAUGUCAUUUCACUAGGAAUACUAACAUGGGGGAAAGUGAGAUUCCUUCAUUUUGCUGGAAACAAUUGAAAAUCAGGACAUCCUUUAAAAGUUGAGAAGCUUUAAGUGGGAUGAAUACAAGAGAGUUAAUAUGCAGGCAUGUUAAGCAGAGUGGCAAAUAGGAUAUUAGCUUUAAUUACUGGGUGCUAAUAUUGGCAGGAAUCUGGAACCACAUGGUCCGACAACCAACUGAGUGUAAGUAGGCCCUUGAUGCAAUCAGACCUAGGGUCAGACACAUGGACUGGGCUUGCAGCUGGAGCUAGGGCCAGGAAAAAUGAGAGCCAGAUUUGUGACCCUCUCACUAAUAAAAGUUGCACAUUCCCCAUCUCUGAAAGGUCAAUCCAUCUCACAACACUGGCUGAGCAUUCAACCAGCUAGCAUGACUUUUGCACAUGAAACAAUUCCAGACCACCCAGGGAAACUCACACAGAUACAGAGAACAUGCAAACUUCACACAGAACCCAAGGUCAGGAUUGAACUUGUGUCUGUGGUGCUAUGAAGCAUCUGUUCUAACCACUACACAAAAGUCCAACAGAUUAUUUUCCAAGCAGCCACAGCUGUCAUUAACAACAGUUUUUGUCAUUCACCCAAGUUUCUUGUCUGGGCUGCACGUCCUCUGAAGGCCUCUGCAGGUGAUGUCAGAAAUUACCCCAGGAUAAGGGGCUUUUUAUAAGAUGCUUCUUCAUUUAAUCCUGUGACCUCAAACUUAGAGCAACAGGUCCACACCAUCACUACAGAGGCUCCAAGUUUCUGAAUGGCAUAUGUUGUUCAAGGCAUUCUGUAGUUGUUACUUGAAAACAAACCAAAACUGCUCAGAGACUAAGCACAGGGGGGGUAUGACACUAUGACGUAAUCCACAAAUAAUGACUUCCUAAGUUGAAGAAAGUAUGCUAGAUCCUUUAUUAAGAAGCCAGCAAAGUUGAACACUCUUGUCAUGAUUUUUAAAAAAAACUAAAACUAACAGUAUAACAAAAUAAGUGUUAACUGUAUUUAAACGUUAGCAGACAACAAAAAAUUCCUCUGACCUACCCCUUGUUCCAACCAGACUAAAAACUGAACCAAGACAAAA